CCCUAAAUCUUCAGCCGGCAGAGUAUUGGCAAAUUGUGAGCACUUGAAAGCUUAAAUGUUAUUCCGUUACGUGGGAGGACCUUCAGAUAGUUUGCUGAAGUGAUUUCUGUCUACAGAACGGCUCAUAUACCGGGAAGGAGUGUUUCGGCAGGGUGGCUACUUCUGAUGGAUGAUAUCUAGGUGUCAGAACUGACGUACCCGACACACGGAACGGUUAACGCUGCAUAGUUCCGUCUCCAUGGUUCUAGUUUGUGAUAGCUUAGUCGGGGAUCUACCCUGGGUUUUGUUGUCCUGCUGACUCGAGGAUCAACGUGUCAUGUGGACCUUUGGUAUUGUUUCCUACCUGGAACUGUUGUGAGACGAGUGUGUGCGAGUCAGGCCAUUGUGGAAGUGCUUCCUGGUCGUCGUAGUUCCUGCUAGACCUGGUUGGUGAUGGUCGAAUGCGUGUGAAGUCCUUGUCUGCAUCGAGUGUCUGGUACUCUGGAGCAGGUCAUGGAGGAGCUGAUCCCCUAUAAUGUUUGUGAUACGUUCAUGGAGUGUGAAGGGAACACCAUACAUGAACCCUAUGACAGAUCAAGACGGUUUAUGGGUUCCGAUCCGUUGAUUCAGACGGCACGAGGCAAGCUGCAGUCACGCCGCUCAAAGCUGAAUGACCAGAUCAACAAGGAGCUCCGGAUGCGGUCCGGGGCGGAGAACCUCUACAGAGCCACGGACAACAAGAAACUAAGAGAGCAGGUCGCUGUGGAGCUGUCAUUCUUCAAUUCGAACAUCCAGCUGUUGAAAGAGGAACUGUGUGGCCUCAACAGCAGCGUAGAGAUCUACCAGCAUGACAACUGUUCCCGAUGCGUGCCGAUGAUACCCCUCGGUCUAAAGGAAACGAAGGAUGUUGAAUUCAGGGUGCCGUUUAUGGAUGUGAUACUGGAGCACUACAGCGAGGACGGUCGGCUGUUUGACAAGGAGAUACAGGAACUGCUGGACCUCAGACAGGCCAUUCGGACGCCGCUGAGGGACUGGUCUGGCGUAGAGCUACUCACUGAGUACUUCAACCAGCUGUAUUACGUGGAGAGGCGGUUCUUCCCUGAAGAGGGAAACCUGGCCAUACACUUUCACUGGUAUGACUCCCUGACUGGCGUCCCCAACACACAGAAGGCUAUAGGCUUUGAGAAGGGGAGUGUGUUGUUCAACAUUGCGGCUCUCUGUACACAGAUUGCAUGUAAACAGGAUCGAAUGUCCACGGCAGGUUCAGAAGAAGCGAUUCGAUCAUUUGAGAAAGCAGCAGGGUACUUCCGCCAUCUGGAAACCCACUUCAAACAUGCCCCGAGCAUGGACAUGCGGCCGGAGACCCUCACCAUGCUGGUGGAACUACUGCAGGCUCAGGCGCAGGAGUGUGUGUUCGAGAGUAAGACCGUCCACGGCCUCAUGGACGGGGUGCUGUCCUUGGUGAAGGUCGCCCAGGAAGCUGCAUAUGUCUCUGAAAGAUUCAGAGUCACUCAUAGACUAAUGUCUGCUGAACCCGUCAAGAGUUAUCUCCCCUUCACGUGGACAGCCAUGGCACAGACCAAACACUACUACUACAAGGGACUUGCUCAUUCAAUAGUCGCCACGGCACUCAUGGACCAGAAAGACAGUGGAGACCUGGACAAGCUGAAACAGAUGAUGGAGAAGCUGCAUGUUGGUGCCGACAUUCGAGAUGAAAACAACGGCCUCAAGAUCCCAACAAAUGACAACGACAGAAAGAUUCUAGGCAAGGCUCAUCUGCGGGAGUCGGUGCUGAGCCACGAGGAGGCCCUGCGUGUUCACGACCUCUGUAAACAGCUGCGGAAGAUUGACACCUUCCGGGACCUGCUGCAGAAGGCUCACGAAAGGACGCUGGAGAAGUUUGAGGGCCUGGAGGAAGAAGACGAUUUCUCGGAGCUGCUGACCGUGCCUCGCAUCGAGGGAAAGGCAGAAAGGGAAACAAACCCAAUGCCUCCUGAGUUCUCCAAGGUCAAGGUCUUGGACAUCUUUGCCACACUGGGUCCGAUCACAAUAUUCAAUUCACGGAAUGAAUGGUCAGCAGCCCGGAGAGUACAACUAGAUCGCAGUGAGGAUGAAGGUUUUGGCUUCAGCGUGCGUGGAGAUUCGCCUGUGAUGGUUGCUGAGAUUGAACCAGACAGUGUAGCAGGCAGGAGCUCCAUGAAGGUUGGGGAUUUCGUUGUGGGAGUCGGAACCAUGGAUACGAAGUGGGCCAAGCAUGAACAAGUGGUUCAGCUGGUUCGACAGGCUGGGAGCUCGCUGGAACUCCGAUUGAUUACUCCCAUGGGCCAGAGCUUUUUGGAAAGACUUAAUGCAGAUCGACCAUAUUCAACCGUCAGCUUACCUGCGUCACCUGUGAGAAUGCAGAGUCCGAAGAGCAGUGUCUCUAGCGAGAAGAGCAACAAAAGUCGCCUCAGUGCACCGUGGAUUUUCAUGAGGCGGAACUCUUCAAAGGAAAAGUCAGAAAAAAGAAAGUCAUCGGAUGAGUUUGAUGAUGAUAUCGUGUCCAGGUAGACUCAUUGUUGAAGUGUUCAACGUAGUUGCUUCAUAAAAGGCCAUGUUUACAAAAGGCUGUGUUCAUGAAAGGCUUUGUUCAUGAAAGGCGGUGUUUGAUUUUGUUGGUAUGUGAGACACACCAAGAAAUGUCUGCAUUGACAGUGCUGUGUUUCCAUGGAAACUAAUUCAUGUUUAAGUGCUGAGGUGCAACCAUUGUGUUCAGUGUUUGGGAUUAUGACAUAGCGCUUAGCUGUCCUCACAAGAUCAAUUGUUGACUUUUAGGAGGUUAUAAGUCGAAAGGUACAGCUGAAAUAUGUACAUUCCCUUGUGAGAGAAAAAUGGAUUCCAUCUUCCUCUGGCUAUAACUAGCGUAUCCUUGUUUGAAGGUUUUUGUUCUUCCCAGUUUGUGCUGAGGAUUGUGUUAAAGAUAGCCAGCCAGCUGACAAUUGUGUUCAUAGUAUCCAGCUGACAAUUGUGUUCACGGUAGGCAGCUGACAAUUGUGUUCAUGGUAGUCUGCUGAUGAUUGUGUUAAAGAUAGCCAGCUGAUGAUUGUGUUAAAGAUAGCCAGCUGAUGAUUGUGUUAAAGAUAGCCAGCUGAUGAUUGUGUUCAUGGUAGCCAGCAGUACUGAAUGUGCCACCAGUAUUAUAGGUUUACAAGACUUGCUUGCCCUGUAACGACUUUCUAUUACUUAUAUAGCUAGGGCUAUGUGUUGACUGGAGUCAGGGAGGCUGGCUGCUGCUUUGUGGAGAGGAGACUGAAGACACACCCCGAGACAUCCCAGUGUGGCAGUCACUGGGGUGUGGUGUGGGGAUCACAUAAGAAGAUGAAUGUGUUUGUUCCAAGUGUUGAAGUGAAAAUUUGGGAAAGUCUACUAUCAAAUGUUUUAUUUGAUGCUAAUUUUCUUGCUUUUCUAGCAGUUGUUACUUAUACUUGUUUUGAAACUGAUGUAGAUGUCACCCAAAUUUGAGUUUGCUACUUAUGCUAACCUGACAGUGAGAACCAGCUACUACGUGUUAUGGAUGGGAACAACUGGACCGAGUUUCUUGAAACAUAAGUUAAACAGUAACUUAUAAACUAACGUGUAACUUAAGAAAUAUCUAUACUUAAAUGCAAGUUCAGGGUACCUGAUUUACGUUCUUUGACUUUGAUGUUUCAGAUUGUAAUAAUAUGAAAUCGAUGCUCAUGAUGUCAAUCACUGGAUUGUCUGGUCCAGACUUGAUUAUUUACAGACCACACUCAUACAGCUGCAAUAUUGCUGAGUGUGGCAUUAAACAACAAACAAACAAACAAAAGCUAAAUGAAGCAGUGGGUUAGUGCAACCAUGGACCAACAGAGUUGUUUUGAGGUUGCAUUUACGUGGGUGGUUGAUGGGGAAGUUAUUUGAGGCAGUGUUUAGGUUUUGUACUUAACUAUAGGAUAACCGUUACAUCCAUUACUGUUUAACAGGGUCCUUUAGGGGUGUCACGAUGCACUAAGUUACCCCUGACGAUACGUCAUUUAUACACCUACCCGUGUAUUGAUUCAUAUUGUAAUUCUGUGUGAAUUUACAAAGUUAUGUUCAAACAGUUUUACAAUAACCUGUCCUGAUAGUCAGGCUACUGUUACCUUACAGCCCAUCCUGAAACAUGUGGCUAAAUCUGACAGCUUGAUGAUAUUAGUGUGAACCUAUAUUGACCAGUUGUUUAAUUGUAACAAGAGUUACUUCAUGACCACAACCUGAUGCGCAGUGUACAUGCAACAUGAAGAAUUCCAUGUGCGUUUUAUAUAUCGGAAACGUAUCAUACCUUGACUCUAAGAUAAUGGUACGUAUCGUAUCUAACUCGACUAGUGUGACAUGUAUCAUUACACGUAACUCUGUUAGGAUCGAAGUAUGGGUGUUAAGCUUCAUACAGAAAUGCUUUUGUUCGUUGACAGGAGACUCAUAUAGUCCUACAUUCCACACACUUGAGCAAACAUGAAAUACAUCUAAAUGUAGUGUUAAAUGUAGUGAUGAGUUGUAUCAUUCCAGACUGAACUGUGGCUUAAUUAUCAACUCCACACAACCACCCACACACCCACCCACCCACUCACUCACUCACUCACUCACCCACUCAUUCAUGGUUGUCCUAAGUACAGAGAGACAGUGUCUCAGUUUGACACAAGCCAUCGAUUACAUGUACUGAUAAUAGACGCCACACUAUGGAGCACAGUCCCUUCACAUAACUACAGUACGUGGGUGUGUUGUGAAACCCUUCCUUGACAGCGAGGGAAAUUUAGAUUGUAAGCAAACUUGCUGCAGUACUUUUUAUAAACACUUGUAACACAUGUCUUAAACAGCCCUAACACAAGCAGGCCAUUGCUGUGGAUCUAACACAGUGAUAUCACAAACAUAUUGCCAUACUACUUUCUGGACAACACAUUGUAGAACAGUCUGAAUCAUUGUGACCAAACCAGGCGCUUUCAACAACUACAACAAGCAAAUUUAACAAUAUCCAACCCACUAAUCAACGACAAGUUUGAAAUUGUGGCUAGCUAGUUAUUUUGUUGUAACGAUUUCUAUGUGUAAGGUUGCGUGUUUGCUAAGUUCUAGCUACGUCACUAUUGGAGAUAUGUUGGUGUUGACAUGGUUCAGAUGCAAACCGGAAUGUGAUGGGUUUGUUGUGAACUUGGUGGAUUGUGAGGUAGAUUCCAAGUCUUCA